AUGGACGCUCGGCCACGUUUUGGCGAAGUCCGCUCGCCGUCUCACGAUACUUUGCGAAACGGACAGCCUUCGCCGCGCAUUGAGCACUUUGAUGGCGAGAUUCCUCCCACGCUCUCCCCACUAGACGCAUUCGCUGCUCAGGGUCGAUUGUUGGCGAGACAGCUGGAGGAGUCAGCUCGCAGAGACCGGCGCCUGAGCAGGCUCCCCCCCGCUAGUGUUGCACGGUCGUUAUCGCAGCCUAGACCGGGUUACUUUCGCUCUUCAUCCUCGAAUGAUUCUUCGCGAAGUGGGCGAGGAAAUGAUCUUACGAGGCAACCCACGCUGAAAGCUAAUCCUGAGGUGGAGGAGCCUAAGUUCCGUCCGCAAUCUGAACAUCCUCGUCUUAGCGGUGUGCCGCACUUCGCUAACGAAGAUGUUCCCCACGAUGAUGAGAACACGACCCUGGAAUAUGAACCGCCUGUGCCGAUUUUAGAAAGCGAUAUCGAAACACCCCAGUUGGGGUCCCCAAAGGAGGAUACGGCCAAGGGGACUGUAACAGAAACGCCACCCCGAUUUUAUGCCGCUUCGCCUACGAGCUUGGCUUUUACAGGAUCACCUGGCACUUCUUUGACGGAUACUGCCUCUUCGCGACUCAAUAUCCCACGUGGUCUGGCGCCGCCUGUUUCGCCACGAUCGAGGCCUUCAAGCAGUUCCAGAACUCCACAACUAGAGAGUUCGGACGAUGACUAUAGUAGUUCUACUGCGGGCUCAACCUUUUCGAAGCCGCGGAAGUUAUCUUCCUGUAGCGCGACGUCGUUACCCCAGUCACCGAUGAAUUCUAUGAACCGGUCCCACCGACGCUCGCCCUCUCUGAACUCCGAAGCUUCGAACAAUGGCGGCUACAUUCCGCGUCCUUCGUACAAUUUCUCUCGGCCACUAAGCCGGUCGAGCACCAGCCUGUCUGCCCCCGUGCCGACAGGAGCGUCAGAGCAUUUACAGGGGACGAAGCCCCGGGGGCAGAAGCCACAGCCCAUUGUGGUACCAUCGGUGGCUGACGUGGCCAAAUGCAUGAGCGAGGAACCAUCAUCUGCCAUGUCCUCGUACACUUAUGCCAAAUACCCUCUUCCCCGCGGACGCCAGGUUUCUAGGGACUCGGUCAUUUUCUCCGGCCUGCAGACCCCUCACUUUGAGUGGCAGGAGCCGCUUUUCGAGAGUCCGGAUGGGUCGAGCGCAAAUGGGCCCCCAAGGUUUUCACGUACCCCGUCCCCCUCGCCAUCACGACACUCGGUAUCUUCAAUGAAGGCACGCUCCAUGUAUGAAUCCCCAACGUCUGAGCGGCAACUACUUACGCCAGAGAAACCCCCAUCUGUCUUCCAGGUGCCACCCUCUCCCGAAGCUCGACGUCCUUCUGAAGCUGCCUCGACAGAUGAACCGGCCUCAACUACACCUGCUCCUGAAGCGCCUAUUAGUGAGGAGAAAGCAGACACUACUUCCUCGGCAGGCUCUGGAUCCACCAUUCGGCCUCAGACAGCCAAAACCAAUGCGUCCUCCACUCUUAUCACAGCAGAUGAGCAUGUGACUAAAGGCAUUGAAUGUCAUGAGAAAGGGUCACUGCAAGAAUCCACAUACCAUCUCCGUAUUGCGGCGAAGCAGAAUCACCCGACUGGUAUGCUACUAUAUGCCUUGGCUUGUCGGCAUGGUUGGGGUAUGCGGCCGAACCAGCAGGAGGGCGUUCGAUGGCUGCGUAAAGCCGUGGACUCUGUCGGCCUAGAAUUAAUGGACGAUUCCAACCCGGCCAUGCCCAACCGUGUGAGGGAAAUGCAGAAAGCCUAUCGCGCCCAGUUUGGACUAAGUAUCUAUGAGCUUGGCGUAAGCCACCUGAAUGGCUGGGGAAUUGAACAGGAUAAAUCGCUGGCCCUGCGUUGCUUUGAAGUUGCCGGCCAAUGGGGAGAUACGGAUGCACUUGUUGAGGCAGGGUUUUGUUAUUCAGAAGGCAUCGGUUGCAAAAAAGAUUUAAAAAAAGCGGCCAAGUUCUAUCGCCAGGCCGAAGCAAAGGGUGUGAAUAUGGUUGGAAACAGCUGGAUUCACAAAGACAAGUAUCUCUCCGAUGAUGGACCCAGUGUCUCAUCGCGUGGGCGUGGGCGCCACGGCUCGGGUUCUGACAAGAAGCAACGUAGUAAAUCUCGGACGCGCAGUCUUUUCCAUCGCAAAAAGUCUACGGCCGCCGAGGCUUAG